CUGGUACAGCAGUCUCACUGUUGAACAUGGCGGAUCCCGUCUCGGGGUGGUGUUCGAUCGUCUUGUAAAUUUCAUUGGAACCCAGGUUCAAAUACACUCUUUCUGUACCUGAAUACUACUGCAUAGGAUUGUAACAUAAGUAACCAUGGCUAGCGAGGAAGUAAGGAAAACUGGAGGGCAGAUUGAUGAGCUCUGUGUAGCGCUGGUGGAUGCUGCUAACGAUAAGCAAGAUGGCGUGCGAGAGGUGAUCAUCAUGGCGUUGCAUGACAUCGGGAAAAAGCAGCCAGAGAUGGUUCUCACAACAAUCAAAGCAUUCCUUAUCAAACAUCAGAAGCUCAGUCUUGGUCAUCGUGUUGUUCUACUACGAGCAGCAUCUGCAAUUAUAAAAGAUGUUCUACCUGACCUUGACCUAGAAGUAUCUAAACAACUCAUAAAACUGGCUUCUGAUGAGCUUACAAAAUCAAAGGAAAUUGAGCCCGAGUGGCAGACCGCGGCGUCUGAGGUGCUGGUCGCUCUGGGCAAGAGGUUUGACCAUGAGGUCAUGGCUGAGCUCCUGGAUAAACUUGCUCCUGGCACUCUGCCACACUACUUUAUUGUCCAGACACUGGCGUCAUUUGCUUCUGCGAAUGCUUUUGGUGUGGUCCCCUUUCUCAAGGACAUUUUGGGGCGCAUGUUACCCAUGAUGGGAAUGGCUAAACAGGACAACAUGAAGUGGGUAUUUGCUAACUGUCUUGGCCGCUUUUCAGAGAGUAUAAUAGAGUAUGUUGCCAAUGCUGAGAAUGCCCCGUACCCUGAUAUCAGCCUUGACAGGUUUCAUGGAGAGAUUGACUCAGCUUAUGACAUUCUCUUCAACAUCUGGCUCAAGUCCAAUGAGGCUAAGAUCCGCCUGGCUGUGGUUGACGCAGUUGGUCACAUGACUCACAUCCUGUCACAGGACAAGCUUGAGGAGCAGUUACCAAAGUUACUGCCAGGGAUCACUAAUCUCUACAAAAAGCACACAGAUCACUAUCUCAUCACUCAGGGUCUGUGUUCAGUACUUGAUGCAGCCUGUUGCAAUGGUGGGGCUCUUCUCUCUCCACAUCUUGACCCGCUCCUAGGAGGCUUGCACAAUAUGGCGUGUGUUCAACCAGACUUCAUCAACCCAUCAUCAGUCAAGAAUCACAAUGAACUGCUACGAUGCUUUUCUGUAUUAGCUCGGGUGUUUUCAGACCGUGUGGUUGCAUUUCUCCUUGCUAAACUUGAACCCAAUACUGAGAGGACGCGUAUUGGGUCACUAGCCAUCUUAAAACACCUUGUCAACAGCAGCGGGUCGUUUUUGGAGAACAAAGAGGAGUUAAUUGUUGCUGGGGUUCAGAUCCUACUGAACGAAAGCAACCUCAAGGUGAGGCGUGCUUUUGCCCAGGCCAUAACGGCCAUGGCACACCACAGGUAUCUCGAGCUUGAGGGUGGACACAAGCUGGUGGAGUUUAUAGUGAAACAAUGCGCCCUUCAAGAUGACGAGAAGCAAAGACGUCCUACUGAUAUUGACAGUGUGAGCCCACUUGCCUUGCGUGCGAUGUGCGAGAACAUCCUGCAAUUGUUAACCACCACAGUACCUGUUAUGGAACCGGUUCUGUGGCCUUACCUCCUGGAGUGUGUUGUUCCGGAGCCCUUCACCCAUGCCAUGACCGCUGUCUGUAAGAGUCUCUCUCAUCUUGCCGCCAAGAGAAAGGAAGAAGAGGAUGGAGGUCUCGCCAUCAACUUUGAGACUCAAACUAAUAUCCCCAAGCCAGAAGCCAUAAUAUCCAGACUAAUUGUGAUGUCAGGGCAUCCAUUGGAAGGAAUAGGGCGUGGCUCGCACGUGCUCAAGCUCUUGCAAAUCUUGUCGCCUAUUCUGAACCCCAGCCUAGUAGAGAUAUGGGAUAGUGUGAUUCCCAAACUUCUUCAGUACCUAGAGGAACAUUCAGAAGAUCCAGAGAAGUGGAAUCAAAAGGCGUGGGAAGAUCUGGUAUUGAAGCUUCUGUCCAAGAGUCUUGAUGAAGCCGAUUCUGAAGACUGGGUCUGUGCACUGGGCAAGGAACUCAGCCAUCAGCUGCCUCUCUACGCUGAGCUCCCAAACGAUAAGAAUUUCCUUUUCAAGUGUAUUGGCAUAGUGCUGAGGAAGGUUACCCAGAAAGACUUUCUACAGAUCCAACUGAAUGAGAUGUUUAACUCUGUGAAGCACAGUUGUCAGAUUGAACGAGAGGGCUGUGCAAUUGGUCUUGGGUUUUGUGCCGGGACCAAUCUCGACAUAGCGCUCAUAAAACUUGAACAAAUUACCAAAACAGACAUGGUUAAGAAGUCUUCUGGAAUACUUGGGUUUAUGAAGGAUAAGACAGACGUUAGCACAGAAAGAGUAAAAAGCACAGUGAUGCUAUGUUACGGAUACGCAGUGCUUUACGGACCGCCAAGCCUUAUCACAUCACGUCUUGAGGCCAGUGUUUUCAGGAUUAUAAGCAAACAUUUUUCAAAUGUCAAGGAUGUAAAUGUCAAACAAAAUAUUAUACGGAUGACCGAGCUGAUCGCCAAGGCCCUGGAACCAAGCCGACUUCAGCAACCUGACUUUGUAUUGACUAAGAGAUCGGAGCUCAUUAACCAUAUGCUGGCGUAUAUAAGAGCGGAGCCAUCCACAUCCAUCACCACUGAGACACGUGCUCUCGCCUUGGACGCAUGCGCGAGUCUUGUAAAGCUUAAUCCUCGACUGACAGACGCGGAGGUGUUCGACGUUGUCAAGACAAGUUUUGAUAGUGUGUUUGCAGUGCAGCUUAAUCAACCGACCUCCCCCGGGAAGGGCCACGAGGCAUCGCCGGAAAUGGAGCCGAGUGAACUUCUUCGUUUAGCUCUUGAAAGUGUGGACAAACUGCUAAAAGAACUUGUUCUUCGAGAUCCUGUUUUACCAACGUUACAGAAUAUUUUCAAGCAUAUAGAGAACCCCUGGUUGAUCUCGAUUCUGGAUCCUGAGCGAGAUCGUGCGAUGGACUGCGCUCUCACACUACUCAAUGAGUUCAAGGACAACAUGCUAGUGUCUGCUGAUGGGAAAGAGGCAAAUUUUACCGCCAUAGGUCCCAUACUGGCCAGAAUCGUGCCACGUUGUACAGACCCUUUGAUAACUGUGAGGCAAAACGCCAUCGACUCGAUUCAAACUUUGCUACGAAUGUCCGCACGCUACCAAGGGUACUCACCAGACAGCAGAGAUGACCUCAUUGACGCCCUUGCAACAUUACAACAGCGCGCGCAAGAAGAGGACGCUACCAUCAUGUUCAGUGUGGCUAGCGACUUAUCUAAGGUCAUCGCAAAGAAAAUCCCUUGUCACCUCCUGCCAGGAUUCAUCUUCACUCUGAUGGAAGGUUUGACGGACUCGCACUCCUACAGCUCCAGCGGCGCAUGCGUAGUCUUCAAUAGCGUCAUCAAAAUAAGAGGGCAAGAGAUGCGUAAAGAGGUGCACGAAAUCAUAAAAGGUCUCCACGAGAAGCUCUGCCUCAUCAACCAUCAACAGACACGCACAGGGACACUGCGCAUUGCUAGAACUAUUGCCUCACACCACCUUGUACCAUUACUGACGGCUCUGUUAGAGUUCCCUCUGCCUUACGACCAACAUAUCAUGGAUAUCUGGAAGACAUUGGCCGGUGACCCCAGUCUAGCCCUUAGUAUUUAUGAUUAUCUCUUGGACCUCCUGGUCCGGUCUUUGCCUUAUAACGAGAAACCGAACCCGAAAAAAAAGAAAGAGAUUGUUCGUAUCGCUACACUCCAGCCAUGUGCAAUCACAUGUGGGCUUACAGAGAUGUUCCGAGCAGAAGAUGCCACAGACGUCAUCCUUGAGAAUGUGCCACGCCUUUUUUCCGCGGUGCUCUCCCGUCUCGGAACAUGUGUUGGCCUACUUCCUCCAGAGCCGCCUAAGGACGCCAAGAAAGGCUCAGGGCCACACAUUGAUCCUCUAAGUUGUGCACUAGACUGUAUCAUGAGCCUAUUGGACCGAUGCCAGUACACCAAGCUAUCUGAUUUCAUCGCAAAAGAGGAUCUCUGGAAACACUUUAGGAAGGAGGAAACGUUCCCAGAAGGCAUCACGCUCCUAGCUCGUGGGCUUUGCCUUGCUGCCCCACAACACGUUGCUAAGGUGGUCAAUUGUUUCCAAGCGUUGCUAUGCAGCGUGUACGACUCUCAGCGAAUCGUGGUGUCGGCUUUCUUUUCGGAGCUCAUAGACCAGCAAUGCAGCCAAGAUCUCGUCGAGGUCCUCAUGAACAGCCUUAUGGGAAGGCUCGUGGACUCCUCGCGUGUAGUCCGCAAGUACUGCAUCCGCGGACUGGGGAAUAUUUCCAGCGCCUCGGACGCUCAGAUAGAGAAGUACUCGACCACGAUCCUGUCGGCCAUGAUGGCAGGUAUGGAUGACAAGGACGAUCCUGAAGAUGAGAUCACCCUUGAGGCCAUGUCCGGCCUGUCCAGAAUCCUGGCCAGGCUGGACGAGAACAAUGUCCGGCAAAUUCUCAUCAACAUUUGUCUGCGAGUCAGGCCGUGCUUCGAGAAGGAGAAAGACUCGGUUCGCGCCGCCGCGUUCACCCUGUUCGGCGCGCUGUCUCGUUUUGGUGACGGCCCGUCCCGUGCACCGUACAUGGAGCAAGUCCAUACCAACCUCAUGAGCGUCCUACUGCACAUGAACGAAGAGCCGGACGUAGCCAAGGCUUGUAAAGGUUGCUUGCGGGCUGUCGGACCACUGAUGGGUUCAGAUGCAAUCAACGCCAUGUUUCAGAAGCAUCUUUUAGAGGAGGGCCACUUACACUAUGGAGAGUUCAUGAAUGACUUGUCCAGGCUUAUAAUUGCAGAUUUUCCUGAGAAAAUCAGUUUCUACUCGAUGGGCUGCGUAUCCUUCUUCAAGAGUUCACGUGAUGACAUUAAAGCAAACGCCGCGCUUUUCCUAGGGUUUGUGCUAGGUAACCUGCCGGUUGCCAACAGGGAUGAUAUUUCCAAGGAUCAUAUUUGUAGCGCUCUGAUAAUGCUAUUGAAGGACCCGUCACCCAAAGUACGCUGUAAGGCAGCAGAAGCGAUGAGUUUGCUUUACGAAUACUAAACCGAGUCCGUAAAAGGCAGCAGAAGCGAGGAGUUUGCUUUACGAAUACUAAGCCGAGUCCGUACAAGGCAGCAGAAGCGAUGAGUUUGCUUUACGAAUAUUAAGCCGAGUCCGUACAAGGCAGCAGAAGCGAUGAGUUUGCUUUACGAAUACUAAGCCGAGUCCGUACAAGGCAGCAGAAGCGAUGAGUUUGCUUUACGAAGAUUAAGCUGAGUCCGUACAAGGCAGCAGAACGAUGAGUUUGCUUUACAAAUACCAAGCCUAGUCCGCACAAGGCUUUAGAAGCGAUGAGCUUUAACGAAUGCUAAGCCGAGCUCGUACAAGGCAGCACAGGCGAUGAGUUGCUACUAAUACUAAGCUGAGUCGUUGAGUUUGAUUUUACGAAUACUUUUCCGAAUCUGUACAAGGCAGCUGUGUGAGCCUCGUUUUAAAUAAUUCGGAAGGCAUUGCGAAUGUAGUCAAGCCUCAUGUAAAGACCUUCUACUGUUCUAAAAUCUUACAAAGCAGGAGUAUGACAUAAGCACCUACCCCUCGACAAUAUUAAAAAAAUAUAACAAAAGAAUUCAGCAGCUUCAUUGUUAAUGUGAUUUCAUUCGAAAGACGAGGUAAAAAAAAGUCAACAGAAGCUGAAAGUAUACUAUUUUUUAGAACACAGGAAUACUGACUAAGAACAGCAUAUUAAUGAUAUAAUGGUAGAGCUGUUUGUUUUCCCUAGGCGGAAUAUGGUAAAAAAAAAUUGCAGGGAUCCUGGAUAGAGGUUGGUGUAAAUCACUUAAAUAAUUUACCUAAAAUUAUAGAAUUAUUGAAAUUUAAUGAUAAUUAAAUUGUUUUUCGAGUGAA